AUGUUUCGCGCGGCUGUUCUCUGCUGUCUUCUCGCAGUCAUCUGCGCACAGACAUCGUCACGAAAUCGCCUACCAUGUGGAUUCACUUGCACGAGAAAAGCCCAGUUUGUCGUGAAUAUCGACAAUACGUUCACUACCACCACUUGCACAACAAACUCUGCUGAUCCGAGGGAUCGCUGCUCUGCAUGCUGUCAAGCUCGUGCUCUUGCUGCCGGUCUCUCAACUACUGAUGCCGCCGGCUUCCCUUCGACCAAUGGCGUUGACUGCGUUUGCUGCACGAACAACCCUUGCCGAUAA